GCAGCAGCAGCAGCAACAGCAGAAGCAGCAGCAGAAGCAGAAGCAGAAGCAGCAGCAGUAGGUUUUGGCUUUGGCUUUUGGUUCAGUGCGCUAUUAGAGGAGUUUGCGUGUGGCUGAGUGAGAGAGAGCCUUGUCAACAGCAAAGCAAAGCCAAAAACAGUGCCAACCGAGACAGACAUAGCCAAAACGGGAACGGCCCUUCGAUUAGGCACCUAAAUAGUGUUCAUUUUUCUUCUGUGCGUGCGGGUGUGUGUGUGCUUGUUUGUUUGUAUUUAUGCUAUAAACAAAUUAACAAGGUAAGCGUCUUGACCAGCAAAAAUAUCGAUAAAUACACAGUAAAUAGUGCAUAUCAAACGACAGCAGUUGAAGUAGCUUUUGCAAUAACAGUUUGACAACGACUGUGCUGCUGCUGUUGGCAGCGAGCAGCGGACAAUGAACUCGACAAUGCAAAGCGCCCACUAAUUCACAAACAAACACUAACACUCUCACACUCACUCUGGUGCUCUCGCACUCACACUCAUACUCUUUUCGUAUAUAUGCAUUUGCAUAACGGUUCGCAAAGUCAACAACGGCAGCAAUGGCCACUGCGAUGCUGCGUUUGAGCGCAAGGACAACGAAACAUUUGACAAUUGCGAAUCAAGUGAGCUAAGAGCUAAUUACUUACAUUCCAUAUAUUUACUUGAGGAAAAUAACAAGUAAAAACAUGUCCGCUCUACGGUUUCCGUUUCCGUUUCCGGCAUGCACAGCAAACAACAAGCAGCAACAACAGCCAGAAGAGGACAAACUCAACAGUUGCCGCAUCUUGCGUUUGUCGUAGUUUCGUGAACUGACACACACACACACAUACACAUAGUCCAAUAUUCAUAUACACACACAAAACAAAUUUGCAUUAAAGUUGUAAAGAGCACGAAAAUUUUGCCUAAAGGGGAAGCAAUUGAAAAUUCAAAAUGGGCAGUUUGCCGAAUUUGCAUGAGCUGGAGGAGGCGGAGCGAAAGAGGGAGAAACGUCGAGAAUACGAAUUGUUGUUGGAGCAGCGUGCAAGGGACACGAGUCGUGAGUGCGAACGCUUAUCGGUAUUUGCACAGCAGCGUAAGCAAUCCUCGUACAAUGCUUAUAUUAUGUCUGGCCUGGGCAUUGGCGGCAUCAGCGGCGGCGGCGGUUCGCUAAGUCUUGCCACAACGGCCAAUGGCUAUGGUAACGGACACAUAGAGCUGGCUAAUGAGACAACAACAACAUCAGCAACAUCAACAACUGCAACAGCAGCAUCAGCAACAACAACAACAACAACAGCAACAGGAACAACGCUGAGCGGUUUUGCCAUGCUGGGCUUGGCUAGCAGCCUGAUGAACAGCAAGAAAUAUCCGCAUUCCUAUCAUCAGCACAUGCAUCCGCACCAGCAUUCGCACCCGCAUCCCCACCCGCAUCCGCAUCCACAUCCGCAUCAUCAGCAUCGACAUUCGCUGACCACGCGGCAUCGCGUGCUGCGCACUCGGACACGCAGCUCGGGCGGUCCACAGAAUGUGUGGGACGAGCAGCUAAUGGAGCACUUGACUGCCUAUUCACCGUCACCGAUCUCGACGCGUUCGCAUCGCAUCAAUCCCGUCUCCUCGUACCAGGUGCAGGCAGCAUUGGCGGCAUCGCGACGUCGCGAAUCGAUCAACAGCUCGAUUGGGGCCACCUCGAUACGCCGCCUGAUCACGCUGAACAAUCGCAACUGCCGUCACAAGGUGCCCGCCCAUGUGCGCCAGAGGGUGUGGCGGCAGUUCACCUGCCUGAGCAUCGCCCACGGCCUGAUGAGCGCCGUCCUGCUGCCGGUGAUGGCCUUGCAGGGCUCCAGCGCCGUCUGGCACCAUCGCGAGCAGUGGCUGCCCAUCGGGCCGAACAUUGGCUCCCUGCUGCUGGGCGCACUCUUCCUGGUCGCCGCCUGCAUGAGUGUGCCGGGCAUACGGCUAAUCCGGAGAUUCGGCUAUACCCCGCUGCUGGCCGGGAACUGCUUGGCCGUGACCUUGUUCCUGCUGUCGCACCUGUAUGCCUCCAUCUAUACGCUGCUGCCGGCAUACUUGCUGCUGGGCUUCAUGCUGAGCGCCGCCAACAGCUGCAAGGCGGCACUGAUUGUCCACUAUGGCGGCAAGCUGAGCUGCUCCCACGAGCAGGAGUGCGCGUCGGAUGCGCUGCUGGAGGAGCACAAGAUGUUCUGCAAUCGGGAUCAGAAGGUGCGCCGCCUGGCCCGCUGGCUGCGUGCUGCCCAGGAUCUCGGCCUGAUCCUGGGCGCCCUGAUGGCCUCACUGCUGCUCGCCUGCAAUGCGAACGACUGGAGCUGCUCCUCGGGCAGCGCCGAGCCAGCCGGCAACGGCAGCCUGCUGCCCGCCACCAAUUGGCCACAGCCGGAGGACUUCUACAAUCGGAACGAGCAUGGCGAACGCAUCUGUGGAGCCGACAUGUGCCCGCUGCAGCUGGACCCCAGCUGGUUCGCGGCCAAUGACACGGGCGCCAUCUAUGCCGGCUUCAUUGAGAGCGGCUCCCGUGCUGGUGGCCAGUCGCUGCUCUGGCUCUACGUGGUGCUCUCGCUGCUGGCGCUGCUGCUGUCCCUGCUCCAGGGACGUCAGGUUCUGGUGGCCGCCAACAGGCCAGAGCGUUCGCUCAAGGAUGUCACGGACACGCUGCUCUUUGCCGGACCGUUGGCCUACUUCGUGGGCACCGAACAGGGCUACAUGCUGGGCGACUUUCUGCGCGCCUUUGUCUCCUGCUCCCUGGGAAUCAACAUGAUACCGGGCGCCCUCAUUGGCAUGGGCAUAAUGCAGCUGAUCGUCUCCUGCACGCUCAGCAUGCUGCUCCGGCACACCAAGCGCAUCGUGGUCAUAUUGGCUGGCUUCUUCUUUCAUUCGUGCUUGCUGCUGGCGCUGUCCAGCUGGAAGCCGUCGAGCGACGAUAGCGCCCUCUUCUAUGUGAUAGCCGCCUCGUGGGGCGCCUGCAAUGGCAUGUGGGAGACGCUGCUCCUCUCGCUGGUCACGCUCAAUCAUGUCCAGCACGAUCAUGUGACGGAUGUGACGGCACCGCUGCAAUCGAUGCGUUUCCUCGGCCUGGCCAUCACGUUUGCGGCGCACGGCUUCCUCUGCGAAUCGGUGAAGAUCAUUGCGCUCGUCGUCCUGCUGGUGAUCAGUGUGCCGCCCUAUGCGAUGCUCGAGAUACGCCUGGAGGCGCAGCGGAAGGCGACGCUGAUCAGCUUAUGACGCAGCUACUUCAGCUAGUCCCGGAGCCGGGGCACUGUGGCACGCACGCACACCAUGUAACCAGCAUCGGAAGCGGCGUAUCGCAGGCUGACUGACUGACUGAUCGAUACCGUCGAUCAGCAGCUAUAAUGCCCCAUCCAGAACGGAGCAAAGACAUAUUCGAGUUCGCUCAAUCCAAACAGUAUUCAGAUUAGACACAGAUAGAGUGGGAGCUGGAGAGAGAAGAGACAAGGAGGGGAGGUG